AUGUCCUCCCCUAUGAAAGGAAUCCAAACCAUACCCCCAAUCGGAAAGUUCCCACACAAGUCCAAGUCCCAAGAACCUAUCCUCAUUCGCCCUGGUCGUCUCUUCGAAGGUCAUCAUGUGGGUCGCAUCGCAGCACGCACAUAUUACGAUACAGGGCUCACCAACUACCUCUCUCCCCACCGCGCGGAAUAUUACAGCGACUAUGAAUUCGGAUAUCAGACUCGUGCUCAAGCGCGCAUGUUUUCGCCACGAAAUGUCACUUUUUUCGCGUACGAGAAGAGCACACCGGAGCACCCAGUAGGGUAUGCGCAAUUUGUAAGAUUGGGCGAUGAUGAGGCUGCGAAGAAGAUGGAUAUCGAUACGGGUGUCACGUGGAGGGUCUGCAUGUGGGUAUUGAGCAAGCUGUGGGAGCUUUGGGUUAGAGCGAAUUGGCGUUGGAGAGGUGGAAAUAAGAGCGAGGACCCGAACGCUGUGAAAAAUUUGGAGAAAUGA